CCCCGCCCCCCGCUGGCUGGCUCGCUCCGGACGCGGAGCUGGCGGUAGCUUCACUUUCCCUCAAGACGCACGGAGUUACCACGCUUUAUAACGCUCGGUUUACGUCGUUAUCGCGACGGCCGCGGUUAUGAGUCGCGUCCUGACGGAAGCGCGCAGGAAUUCAAGGAAACCGAGCUCCAUCUUUAUGAGAGGAUGUGAAUGACUAUAAUCAGGGCCGUUUUGUUCUUUCUGGAGCAACUAUCGGUGACACGGAAGAAAGAGGCUUUGUGACAUCAUUGAAUUGUCCGGUGUGUCAGAUCGGCGCAGCGCCUCGAGAAAGGAUCGCGUCAAGGUAACGCCAGAUUCCUGUGGAGACUGUUUUGUAAUUCUAAUAAGGAAAUAUUUCAGCUGGGUCCACUUCAAUUCCACUUCAUAUUUCCAAUGGAUUCCUAUCAUUUCCAAUUUGAGAGGAUGAGUAACCUUGACCUACACCCUCUGAGUCUUCCGGUCAGUCGACUUUCCCCGGCCAAGUCCAGUAGUAGUAUUGAUCAGUAUAACCAUCACCACAGCAAAGGCGACUCAGCCUAUAGCUCAUUCUCUGGUGGUUCCACAGUCCCUGAUUACCCUUCUCCUUUUUUACUGGAUGAACUCCAGUCGCAAAACUUGCACUACAAAGGUAAAUAUAGCCCAACCUUUCUUGAUUCGGAUUCCAAGAGCAUGGACCACAUUUACCGUUCCAUGGACACUGUUGCGCAAGAACGUCACUGGAGCAGCGGGGGCUUCUCUGACAUCGAAAAUCAACCGGUUCAUACGCAUCCAUUACCACCACCACCUCCUGCCCGUCUCAACAGUUUUGUAACAACCAAGAACCUUGAAAACUCAAAGGCACGUCAGAGUCCAGAAGGACAACUUGCUGACCUUUCUGCUUCGCAGCAGACAAGUAAUUUAGAGGUGUGUGGUGUCCGGGCUGAGCCUGUUUAUGGCCGCGCAUUUUCACAGCUUAAAGAUCAACUCAAUCAAGACCAGGAGGACAACAUGCUUGAUCCACAAAAGUCUAUGGGAAUUUUAAAUAGAUUUCCCCAGGAAACCUGUCAACCAGAGCACUUGCAGCAGUCUUGGAGCAGCCGAUCCGAAACCCAACGCAAGAGGUCGCAUUCAGCGUAUGGUGGGCCUGUUUCUGAGCACCAGUGUUUUGCGAGUUCCUGCAAUAAGCCACAGAACAUGAUCAGUGGGAGUAUUCAGCACAAAGGACAGUUUUAUUUUGUUACCGGUGUCUUCAAGUCGUCUGAGCCCAGUGUUGUGCACGGUGUUGGGGAUGGUGCAAGCGUGGAAACAUCCAGUGAGUGGUCUUACAAAGCUCAGCGUCGAAGGCAGAGCUGUCCUGAUGGUCCCAGUGGAAGACUGUUUUUCCAAGAGGAACACAAAUUGAGCAUUCAAAAUGACAUUGUGGGGCAUCCUAAUGACAAGGCACUUAAUUCACCUUUCAAGACUUUGGAAGGUGUGGAGGACCAGAGGGUCAUGAGUAGAGACACUGGCAGGCAUCACUCCACCAGCCACCCUAUCUUCUAUUGUGGACCGGAGGACAAUUCAGUUGGUAUAACGAUGACCCCUGCACAAAUUAAGCAAGACCAGACCACUCAUCCCAAGAAAGAGGAACCAAUGACAAGAGCUUUAAGAUGGCCCCAACUGGAUAUCCCAAAUGACAAGAUCAGCAAAGAGGCUACCCCACUGUUAUAUCACCUCACUGGAGCAAACAGGGCCUCAUAUACAGACAAGUUCAGAAACAAUAAUGACUCUUGUAUAGAGGUCAAGAAUCCAGUCUGUGUCAAAGAUAAACCUGGAAAUGAUGAGCAAGUCUCUCCCAGCAGCGAGAUGAAAUCAUCUAAAGAAAAGCAGCAGAGUAAAUUCUUCUACCCAUGCGGAACGUUAGAUGACUCCUACAAGAAGUAUUAUAAGGAGAAACUGAAAGAUGCCCAGUCCAAGGUUUUGAGGGAGACUUCAUUUAAAAGGAGGGAUUUGCAGCUUUCUCAGCCCCACAGGAUCAAGCAGCAGACAGACAAAAUGCUUUCUGUUGAACCUUCCAGUCCACCAUUACAAGACAAACUGCCCAACUUGGAGACAACUCCCGUGCCACAACUGCAUAGUCCUCAAGAGUACAGCAAGCACCUUGAUCAGGAGAUUAAAAAAGGACCAGAGAAACCACAGAAUAUUGCUCAACCGCAAGUGCCUCGAGUAGGGAGUAGGAAGCGUUUGACAGCAGAUCAGAAGAAGCUCUCUCACUCUGAGCCUGAGAAGCUACACCAGCUGGCAGAUGGACCGACUCAUGUGUCCUGCCACUCUCUUGGCAAUGAAACAGAAGGCCUUCUCUCUGAGGGUGAUCACGGUCUAGUGGCAGCUAGACGGAAGAUGUUCGAAACACGGGGACGUGCUCUGUCUGCCUCCAAUUUUUCGAAAUCAACUCUGAAGCACCUUCAGCAUAAGGCCUUAGUGGCAUACAUGGAACGUAAAACUUGUCAAAAGGUCGCUGAGCCCCAGCGCCCAGUUUCACAAGUACCCAGCCACAGGAAUUCAACUCCAGAGAGCUCCAGACAUAAUUCUGGCCUUUCAGACUCCAAGAAGCUCCACAGGCCUCUCUCCGCAGGGCAGAUUCUUGACUCUGUGUCAAGUUCUGUCAAAUACUCCCAGUUCAUCACUGCUAACCACUCAAGGCAGGCCAGCUGGAGAGAAGAAUCCUCUACAGCAGGGAAGUCGGCCUCUGUGGAGAGUCUCCUGGACCAGCCUGAACAGCCCAAAUUUUUUCGAACCCGAAGCACCUCGACUCCCCAUGCUUUCCAGGUUCGGAAACACCUAGAUGAGUUCCCAGCCAUUCAUAAUAAGGCUAUUUCAAGUGUUCAAAGUAAAGUAGAGGAAGAUGCAGUAGUCUGUCACAGUCACUCAGCAUCUGUCCCUGAUGAGCGGCGCGAACCAGUCAGAGCUUUAAGAGGGAAAUCUAUGGAAGAGCUUGGUGUAUCCAGGGUCACAAGGCCUGAGGUUCUCAGCAAGAGUUCAGAGCAGCUUGACCAAGUUCAGGGCAGGCAGGUCAUGUCUGCUACAGAGAGGAGAAGCAUGUCAUUUCUUGCUGAAGGAAGGCACACACAAAGGAGGAUUCCCAGCUCUGGAGAACUCAGAGAUAACUCUCAGGCAGGCCCUGAGAACACGCUCUCAACCCAUUCCCCAAAGCAUGAUGACGAAAUCCAUACAGCUUCACACAAUGGGCGAAAAAAUAAAGAAGACAUGGCUCUAUCGAUGCACAGGCACUCCAGGCUGGAAGUCAGCGAGCAGCAAGAUAAGAGUGAGACAUCUCUCUCGGUUUCUCUCGGUCACGGAGUCACAACCGAUCCCAGUCUGUGGAUCUCAGCUUCUGUCGUAAAUGAGACGGAGACAAACUACUUUCAAACUUUCGCUGAAGCCCAGGAUGCAUUGAUUAGCCCAUCUAAUGAUGAAAAAACCACAGCCAUCACAACACCUCCAGAGUCCAGCCUUCUACCUGCGCUUAAUAGGGAGCAAGACGGGAAGGUAAAGAAGGAAGACGUCCCUGCUGUGAUGGGAGGGAUCUGUCCGGUGGACAAACUAGGGUGGGAGGUGCUGGUUCGGGACGUGGUCUCGGCUGACCAAUCGCUAGCUCGCAUUCUUUACCCCGUAACCAAUAGGAAGACGGCACUCAUGCUGAUGGAGCAGCUGUUAUCUGAGGAUACUUUUCUAAUGGAGGAACACUACAAGAAAAAGCAGGAGCAGAAGGUUAAUGACCCAGAAAAGGCUGAUCAGAGCACUGAGAUGCCGAUAGAUGACAAACCACUGAACCUUCCGCCAUCGCUUCUCUCGAACCAGAACGAUGCCUUGAACAACGCAGAUAUCAUCCAUAAAAAGAGGCGGCUGAUAGCACAGAUAGAGCGGCGCUUGCGGGGUCUGGAGGAAGAGCGCUCGUCCGUCCGGAGCGAGGAGAAGCUGAACGGGGAGCGGGGCGACGCUCUGGAGGAUCUGGUGAGAGAGAGCUGUGUGUCGGCCGAGCUGGAGCGCUACACGCAGUUCAUAGAGGACCUGGAGCGUGUGGUCAGCCUGCUGCUCUGCCUGUCCGCUCGCCUGGCCCGCGUCCAGAACGCCCUGAGCACUGCCGACGACAGCGUGGACGCCGAGGAGAGAGAGUCUCUGGACAGCCGCCACCGUCUCCUGUGCAAACAGAGGGAGGACGCCAAAGACCUGAAGGAGAACCUGGACCGCCGGGAGCGCCUGGUCUCCACCUUCCUCUCCCGCCGGCUGACGGACGCGCAGCUGCAGGAGUACCGCCGCUUCAUCCAGACCAAGGCCUCUUUGCUCAUCUGUCAGAAAGACCUGGACGAGAAGCAGCGUUUAGGAGAGGAGCAGCUGGAGGCCUUACUCUGCAGCUUCCCUCCGUGAACCGCCUGGAGGUCCCGUUUGUUUCACAGAGACCGAGGCGAUGCGUUUCGUUUGAUAUCUGAGCCGCUCUGUGAAUCCCGGGGAAAGCUUUAUUUAAGAGACCAGGAGCGGUUCGACGAGAGCUUCGAGAAAGAAGCGCCCGCUCGCGAGGAACCGCGAAGAACUCGGAUGCUGUGAUCCAUCCCAAGUGUUCGUUUGUAAUGAUCACAUCCAUGCCCUUUCGUCCUGUGAUUUCAUAUCAUGCUGUCCAUGUAUUUAAUGAUCAAGUGCUUUUAUUCUCUGGUGAAACGAAGGAAGUCGCUGAAAUUUUGCUUAAACGCUCAAAAACAAGUAACUGCUUUUUUGUGGAAAGGAAUGCGCAACGUGUCACAAGUUCAGUGAAACAAAUGAAGGAAAGCUCGUUCUGGAUCACAUGAAGAAUAGCUCAUCAAAUCAAUCGUGUAUGUUAGGUUUACCGCCGGUCGUUUUUGCUUAUUAGUGUGGUUGAACUGGAUCAAAGGUGAAGACGCUGUCAGUCAAUAAAUGGGAAAAUAAAGUCGCUGUCUUUACUCGCUUGAAAAAGCAGCUUGCUUAAAUGAAGUUGUUCUCUGAAGCCAGUCACUGUCAUUUUCAUAAAACGGCAGCAAUGUAACGUUUUAUUAAAAGUAAUAUUGCAUGCGUUAUCAAUAUUAAGUAGGGAACAAUUGCAUUUCCUGAUAAAUGC